UUGUGGGGGACAAGGGUAGUCAUCCCAGCCACUCUUCGUGUACCCAUCCUGAAGGUACUUCACGAGGGCCACCCGGGCAUCGUAAGGAUGAAGGCUCUGGCCCGCAGCUACGUUUGGUGGCCCGGCAUGGAUGCCCAAAUCUCCAGCUGGGUAAGCUCAUGCCAACCUUGCCAAGAAACCAGGGCUGCCCCACCAGCAGCUACGCCUACCAAGUGGGAGAGUGCUAGUGGUCCUUGGUCUCACCUGCACAUCGACCUGGCUGGACCAGUACAUGGCAGGACCUUCUUGGUUGUAGUAGACUCUUACUCCAAAUGGAUAGACUUGGCCCUACUACCCUCGACAACCACUCAAGCAAUUGUUAAGGCUCUGACCCGCCUCUUCGUUACCCAUGGGCUCCCUGACACGCUGGUGUCUGACAAUGGCCCCCAGUUCACGUCGUGUGAGUUUAGCAUGUUUGGCCAGGAAAACUGGCACUCCAAACUGUCACAUUACCUCCUGAGCCAACAUACGACGCCAUGCACCGCUACAAAUAAAUCCCCUGCCGAGCUCUUGAUGGGGAGACGCCUUAGGACCACCCUGGACAGGUUGCACCCCCACUACUGCCCAGACACCCCUUUAGGAUCUGACAGUUUGGUCAGGGACUUUGCCCUGCAUGACCUGGUGUACGCCAGGAAUUAUGCAGGGGAUCCUCUGUGGGUACCAGGUCAAGUUGUGUCAGUCACAGGUCCUAGAUCCUACCGGGUCCUCCUGGAAGAUGGACGCCUGUGGCGUAGACACGUGGACCAGCUCAGA